AUGACGAUCUUACUCGUCCUUGUGGUUUGGCUUAGGCCUGCUCCAAAGUUCGCUUCGUACGACUUAAUAUCCCCGUCAGCCAGAUACGCUAGCGACGGGACCGGGAUUGAUCAGCUAGACAGCAAUGUAAAUCCCUCGAGCAAAGGAGCGCCACAAUACUUUCUAGAGUCAUAUUCUCACCGAGAUAGACGCUUCGCUGGGCCAACACGACUGUCCGACGCGGAACGACAACAGGGGCUCGCAAGGCUUGUCCGGGCCUAUCUAGCAAAGAUGGAUCAAUUGGGAAUCGCCACCUGGCUGGCUCAUGGGACGCUCCUGAGCUGGUAUUGGAACCAGCAUAUUUUCCCGUGGGAUGUUGACUGUGACAUGCACUUACAUUACUCUGGCCUUACAUCCUUGGCUCAGUGCUGCAACGGUAGUAUUCACAUUGUGGACGAAAACAAGUAUUUGUUUGAUGUGAAUGCAUACAUCCGUGAAAGGAACGGCACCCGGGACAGACGAAACGUGAUAGAUGCUCGUUGGAUAGAUCUGGAAACAGGCCUGUAUGUCGACAUAACGGCUGUAUCGAUUGCCGAAAUUAGUGCAAACAAUGAAACAUCGGUCAACGUGGUCGAGGCGAAGGACGGCCAUCAGUAUCUUGAGAGCGAUGUCUUCCCGUUAGAACACACCACAUUCGAAGAUACGGAGGUUCUGGUACCAAAGAACGCAACAAAGGUCUUGAUUCGAGAAUAUGGCCGCAAGGGACUGACGCUCAGAUUCUUCAGAGGGUAA